UCACAUAACACGGAAGGUGAGAGCUGAAUGAAGUUUUCUGGGUAAUGGCUUGAAAUGUUUUCCUUAUGAGAAGUGGUGUUGAGUUACAGCGUGCAGACGGAGCGCUGGGAGGAGAGAAGUGGCAGCCCCAGCCCGGCCCCCACCUUUUCUUGGGCUUAUAGGAAGGUGGACGUGGGCUCGUGGGCUUGGGGAGACAAGUGAUAUGUGGAACUGUCUGGUGGCUGGAAUCGACGGCUCCCGGAGGGACCGAAGGGCAGUGUUGAGCACUGUUUAGCCAGGGGCCAGCCCAGCAGGCACAGAUGCUCCGCUGUGAAAUGCCACGCACGCACGCAGAGACUGACGGGCAGUAGGAGCUGAGCUUUCCCCCUUGGACUGCUGUUUCCUGCUGUGUUCAGGGGAGGGGGCACUUUCUGGCAACUCUGCUGCUGGGGCCGCCGCGGCUACUUCAGCUCUCACUCCACCCAAGGUAAGCAGGCUCCAAGGGAGGGUAGGCUGCAAGCGAAGCCUCUGCACCAUGAACAAGAUUCGAAAGUUCUUCCGAGGAAGUGGGCGAGUCCUGGCAUUUAUAUUUGUAGCUUCUGUCAUCUGGCUGCUCUUUGACAUGGCAGCUCUCCGCCUGUCAUUCAGUGAGAUCAACACUCGGGUCCUCAAGGAAGACAUCGUCAGGAGGGAGCGGACGGGAUUCCGAGUUCAGCCAGACCAAAUGAAGAUCCUUCACAGUAGCAUAGAAGGAAUGAAGCCCCCACUGAGGGGAGCCGGGAAGGGCAUAUGGGGCAAAGAGAACUUUAGAAAAACUGAGAAGAGUAUGCUCAAGGUUGAGGAUGACUUGGACCAAACCCAGAGGGAAAGAAAAAGGCAGAACGCCCCGGGAAGGGGCAAGGUUGCCCCUUUGUGGCAUCCUGGGUAUCUACAGACCCUUCCAGUGACUUUCACCAAGCAGAACACAGAGAGGCAGGACCUCAGACCUGAAGCCUACUCUCACCACAUAGCCAAGCAAAUGAGAACUCAGGGGGCUCAGAAAACCCCAUUCAUAACUGCAAGAGAAACUCAAUUGGCCGAAAUCUCUGCACACGUGGGACCUGUCGGUAUAAACCAGGAGGCCCCGAAGAGUCUCGGCAGUGACACAUCAAAACAAGCAGCUGAAAGAAAUCCAAAUGUGACCAUCAGUCCUAAUCCUGACAGAUCAAAGCAGCAAUCACAGGCAGUAGCAAAUGAGAGGACACACCCUGCCAGCCCACUGUUGCCAAAAUCCAGGGAAGCCAUAGCCUUAAAUAAAACUGAGACGCAGAGCAAAGAACUAGAUUCAAAUAAACACGGAGCCAAUAAGAGCCUCCCCUUUUCCAAGUUUAUUGCCAAUUCAAAUCGCUCAAAGAAGCAAUCUAUGCACGAAGCCCAGUUGGGAAGCUUGCCGAAGGAUGAUGGAGCCAAAGUGGCUGCUGGGAAGAAAUUCAGUUUCUCUGAAAGCCACGUUGUGAUUAUAACCAAGGAGGAGGAGCUAAAGACAGAAACCAAGCAGGCCCCCAACCCUAAAAACAAAACCGUGCUCCCUAGUGUACUGGGUGAAAGCCAAGGGAAACACAUCUCCGGGAAUAGAAGUGAGACACCUUUUCCCCCACUUGCUCUACAGAGAGCAACGGUAUCUCAAUCCCAUCAAACCUUAGCAGAGAGGCUAGAGCCAGCAAGAAUCAACUUGACCGCCAAGGCCCAACCUGCAGAACUCAGCCAACAUCAUAUAAAAGCCUUGUUAUCUGAAGAACGUGGAAUGCACCAGGUGCUAAAAAUUGACGUGACACUUUCUCCAAGGGACCCCAAAGCUCCAGGCCAAUUUGGACGGCCCGUAGUUGUUCCCCGUGGAAAGGAGAAGGAGGCAGAAAGAAGAUGGAAAGAAGGAAACUUCAAUGUCUACCUCAGCGAUUUGAUCCCAGUGGACAGAGCCAUUGAAGACACAAGACCUGCUGGGUGUGCAGAGCAGCUAGUUCACAAUAACCUCCCGACCACCAGUGUCAUCAUGUGCUUUGUGGAUGAAGUAUGGUCCACUCUCCUGAGGUCAGUUCAUAGUGUCCUUAAUCGCUCUCCUCCGCACCUCAUCAAGGAGAUUCUGCUGGUAGAUGACUUCAGCACCAAAGACUACCUAAAAGGUAAUUUGGAUAAAUACAUGUCUCAGUUUCCAAAAGUUCGGAUUCUUCGCCUUAAAGAGAGACAUGGUUUAAUAAGAGCCAGGCUGGCAGGAGCACAGAAUGCAACAGGUGACGUGUUGACAUUCUUAGAUUCUCACGUGGAAUGUAACGUUGGUUGGUUGGAACCUCUUCUGGAAAGAGUUUAUUUAAGUAGAAAGAAAGUAGCCUGUCCAGUAAUUGAAGUCAUCAAUGAUAAGGACAUGAGUUACAUGACAGUGGACAACUUUCAAAGAGGCAUCUUUGUGUGGCCUAUGAACUUUGGUUGGAGGACAAUUCCUCCAGAUGUUGUUGCAAAAAACAGAAUUAAAGAAACAGAUAUAAUAAGGUGCCCCGUCAUGGCAGGUGGAUUGUUUUCUAUUGAUAAAAAUUACUUUUUUGAACUUGGAACAUACGACCCUGGGCUUGAUGUGUGGGGUGGAGAAAAUAUGGAGCUCUCAUUCAAGGUGUGGAUGUGUGGUGGUGAAAUUGAGAUCAUUCCCUGUUCCCGAGUGGGCCACAUAUUCAGAAAUGACAACCCGUACUCCUUCCCCAAAGACCGGAUGAAGACAGUAGAGCGGAACUUGGUGCGGGUUGCUGAGGUCUGGCUUGAUGAGUACAAGGAGCUCUUCUAUGGCCAUGGGGACCACCUCAUAGACCAAGGGUUAGAUGUCGGAAACCUCACAGAACAAAGGGAACUUCGAAAGAAACUAAAAUGCAAAAGUUUCAAAUGGUACUUGGAGAAUGUUUUUCCUGAUUUGAAGGCUCCCAUUGUGAGGGCUAACGGUGUGCUUAUUAAUGUGGCCUUGGGCAAAUGCAUUUCCAUUGAAAACACCACAGCCACUUUGGAAGACUGUGAUGGGAGCAGCAAGCGUCAGCAAUUUAAUUACACCUGGCUAAGACUUAUUAAACAUGGAGAGAGGUGCUUAGCUCCCGUCCCCGAUACUGGGGCCCUGGGCCUGCACCCUUGUGAUAACAGAAACAAAGGGCUAAGAUGGCUGCAUAAAUCAACAUCAGUCUUUCAUCCAGAGCUGGUGAAUCAUAUUGUUUUUGGGAACUAUCAUCAGUUGUUAUGCUUAGAAGGAAAUACUUCUCAGAAGACCCUGAAAGUCGCGGCUUGUGGCCCAGAGAAGCAAUACCAAAAAUGGAAAUUUGAAAAAUAUUAUGAAGACUAAAGAACAACUAAUAUUUUUAUCUAGUAAUCCCAUUAGACACUGUGAAAAUGACAGUGGACGUGGGGACUGUAUUUCUCCAUGGUAGUUUACAUUUUCAAAAUUAAUAGCAUUUGAAUAGGAGAUUUAAAAACCCACAAUAUUUGAGAAACCAAAAGUGAGCUCAGGGAAACAACCUAACGUUGAACUGGAGCCCGUCUUCAGCUCUAGGUGGCCUUUUGAAUGGCAUGCUUCCUGCCCUGUGCUGGAUGGACCUCAGCACGCAAACUUCCCCAUGCAAUCAAACAGGUAACAGGAAAUACAGGAAAUGAAGCCAAAAGUACUUGAGGAAGUACAAUGAUACUCAUGAUGACUGAGUUUGAUAAUAACCAGCUCUUUUGACCCACAAGUAGGUAUAAUCAAUAAGAACCUAUUCUUUUAUUUGCUUUUUUUUAUUAUUAUUAUUUAAAAAAUUACUUGAGUUCCUGUAACUAAAAGACCUCAGAAACACACAGCUGUCAUCUUAGUGAAGUCCCUCCCAGCUACACGCCUGUUCACCUAACAGUUCGAAAGACUAUCGGUAUCAUACUCCUCAAUGGGAGGACUUUGAUCUAGAUGACUACAUAAUGGUUUUUUGUUUUUUGUUGUUUCUUUUUUCCCCUCCAUCUGAGUCAGUGGAAAAAAACUAAGUGAGGAAGUCAAAUGCUUAUUCAGUUCUAGAUAUGGGACAUUGUUUCAAUUCAUUUUGUGCUUUUUAAAGCUACACUUUAAAAAAACAGUCGUAUUAGUAACUUCCUAGACUUAGGUGGAAAUUAAAAAAGAAAAAAAAAAGGCAAAGAAGAAGAGGCUGGGUCACAAUGCACUGUAAUCACCAAAAAUACACUUAAUUGUUGAACACACCGUAAUGUAAGACCAAAUAAGAGGAGCUGAAACAAAUAAAGCGGCAACAGAGCACUGAAAAUUAUUAAGGGUUUAUAGAAAAUACGACUUUAGAUUUAACGGCAUUCACAGGGAUGAAGUAUGCUAAGAGUAAACUCUAAAAGAUUUCAAAGUAGAAAUAAAAUGAAGUGAACAUAAUGAAAGGGGAAGAGAAUGAGGUAAGCAACCCUCUGGAAGAGAGUUAAGAAAAAAAACUGACAUAGAUUUGGCCAGAAAAGAAAAGGAAUCUGACACCUCUGUGGGGUGGGGGAGGGAGAUAAGGCCGUGGAUGUGGGUCUAAUGAGAACACUGAUAAAUUUGGGGAAAGGUCCAAUAUUUUUCAAUCUACAUUGAAUUCCUAACCUUACAUAUGCCAUUAUUUAGGCAUACCAGAAGAGAUUCUAGAAAUCCUCACAUCCUUUAUAUUGAUUUUUGGUUUAAAAAAAAAAUUGAUGCCCAGAAAUCAUAUUACCUGUCUAAGAGUCCCACACCAGUUAGUGAGAGAUGAGGAUUAGAAUUUGGCUCUCCAGAGGCAGGGCUCAGUCCAGUGCCCCAGGCCUCUGGCCUAAACCUGUUCCACAGCAUUCUUAAGAAAGAGAGACAUAAGCCUUUUUGCUGGGGUUGGGUCUCUGGAGGAAAACCAUGCUCUCUGCUUGUUAAUGUAAAAACAAAGCUUUGUUCAAUUGAGCUGAUGGUUAAACUGGGCAUCUUUAGUUCUGACUGCCUAUUUAAAAUUUAAUUUUAUCUCCCAAUUAAUUGCACAAAAGCAGAGCUAUAACUAUGACUCAGAAGGGGAAACAGUUCUGCCUAUUUGCAUCAUAUUUAAGAUGUUUUAUUCAGAUAAUUGACAUUGCAGAUGAGAUAAGAGAAUGACUAGAAAAUGAGAUAAUUCUUUUCACAACAGAGCCAUAUGGGGGAUAAAACACAAGUCAGUUGCCAAAGGACUAACUGAAUUGCUGACCGAGCUGAAUAUGCUGAGUGUCUCAUGCAAUUCUUCGCAUCACUGCAAAAAUGUUGAAAGGUUUUUUUGCCCCCAGUCUGAUGACUCCUUUUAUUCAAAAAGAGCUUCCACAAAACACAUCAAGUCUGUUCAGAAAAAGACGAAUUACGGUUUGGAAACACUUACCUUUGGGCAAACCAAUGAAAGAAAUUUGAAUGUUUUUCACAAAAAACCUUUCACAGUCUGUUCAGUGUAUCCUGACUUCACCUUGACAUGAUCUGAAGCUAUUUUGGAAUCUGUGCUGUCAAUAUAGCAAAGGAUUGGUUUCGUACGUGACAUGUUCGUUCUUGGAAAGAAUUUUAAAAAGAGCUUUUACCAUGUAUUUGCUCAACUACUCUAAGAUGCGAGGAAGUAAUCACUAAUUGGAAAUUGUAUAAGCCUCAAUUUAAGAAUAUUGACUAAUUGUGAAAUCUCCUGCCAACACUUUUUAAGCAUUACCCUCUACAUUUUGUUUUCAGAAGACUGUAAUGAAGGUGAAAAUGGUACUAGGCCUCUGAUACUUCUAGUGAGAAACCCCCUAGUGGGACGCAUUAGGGUCCUAUUCAACUGUAUAUUCUUCAGUAGGAGGCUGUGGAAGACUCCAGAGUUUUCCCUGGAUCGGCUUGAGUCAUUGCCUUUUCUCAGGGAAAUGGCUAUACAUCUUGUUACUUUAAACACAGGCAUAGCUUUGAUAUUAUACAGGACUUAUUUGAUCAAAAACUAACUUACCAGACCAUCUGAGUGCUUCUGAACCUUUUGGUUUGCACGGUUCCUUUCUCUUUUUCAACAGUUACCCAGAGCUUCUCCCUGAAGGAUGACACAGCUGUUGUUGGUACAACCAUGUUUUAUCACCAGCAUCAAAUUUGCUCAGUUCUGCUUGCUGACAUUCAAUCAGUUGUCAUUCACAGGGCCAAAAACCACCGUAUGCCAUAAUCACAAUGUAUUGUUAGUUUCUCCAUAACUAAUUUGGAACUACUCUCUUAGAUAUGAAAACACCUUGCUUAUAGUAUUGCCUUAGGGAUUGUAGAGGGGAAAAGAUACCAAUUAUAGUAUAUAGGAAUUCAAAUUCUCCAGUCAACCUUGAAUUUAUGAAUGGCUUAGGAUUAUUUUCAAGGGAUUCUCAUGCAAGACAGUGGGGUUGAGGCUGGCCAGAUAGUACCAUCUUUAUUUGUUUUAACAACUUUAACUUCCAUGUUCAAACACAGAAAAGAAAUUAUGCCUCUGAUGAGGGUCCCAAUAUCUUUGGUACAAACAAGGAAUUUAUAGGGAAUAAGGGAAAGACAGAUGAGAACUGAUUAUCUUUGUGUACCUACCAUGUGCUAGGCACCAAUUGUGUUCCAUCUCACUGUUGUGCACAACUCAGUGAGUUAGGUCUUGCUCUCCUCGUUAUGCAGGCAAGAAGGAUAGAUAAGUGGUAUUAUCUAAGAUCAUCCCACUAGUAGAAAUUAAAAUCUAGUUUCCAUUCUAUCUGGCUGAAAAAAGAAGAAGGAGAAGGAGGAGAAAGGGAGGAAAGAGGAGAGGAAGAACGAGGAGAGGAAGAAGGAGGAGAAGAAGAAAAGAGUCUCUUUGAUGACAGCAUGCUGCUAUGAUUUGUUCUUUUCUUUACAUAAGGUGGUCAUCUGGGGCGGGCUAGGUUAAAAUCCCUUCAUUGUGAAGUCAAAUGCCUUAGGUAUCCCUUGGCUGUGAUAUAGAGGCUGUACCCUUUCUGUUAAUCAACUGAAAUGUAGCCUUAGUGUUAGCUAUCCCCACAUGCUUUGCAGUGGUCUACCUCCUUGACUUCAUGCAGGACAUAUUCUUUUCCAUUUCCUGUAACAAAUAUGAGAAGGAGAAGCAGGCACAGAGGAAUAGCUUCCCUGUAAAUAAUACUGCCAACUCUUUCUUCCCCAACCAUUAAUCAAAGCUGACAGAUUGUUCAAUUUGAACAGAGGUGGGAAGUAAAACACUGAAGAGUCCUUUAAUUUAAAAUAUAAACCAAAACCUGUAACUUUUACUUUGUUGUGUAGAUUGUCACCAUAGUGCUUUUACAACAACUUUUGUGUAGGUUAUUCAAAAAUUGCUAUGAGCCACAUGCCUUGAAAUGAGAAAAGGAACACUAACCAAAGCUAAUGUACAAAAUAUUUAUUUUUGGCAAACAGCCAUUCCAUGGACAAGUUUGAGUAAGCUUUGUAAAGUAUUAAAUACUCCUGAUGAGAUUUAAUGGAUGGUAUCUCAGGUAGGCGUUGGUACCUAAAGAAAGGAAAAAAUCCCACCACAAUAAGCAGAUUCAAUGCCUCUGUUUUCAACCUAAUGGGUCAACUAGUAGUUACCCUUCCAGUUAGGGUCUCUUUGCAAGUUUAUGUGAAUCAUUGCUUUGCAAAAACAUACAGGAAAGCGCUCAUUUUUCAGCAAAUAGAGCAACUUCUAAUGUGGCCAGUUUCUAAUGUCGAUAGUUGCCAUUAAAUAAGUAACAAUUUCUUUGAAAACAGAGGCUUUCUAUUUUAUUAUUGAUUGGUAUUUGCCAGUUCAAAGAUAUUAGUCAUAAAUAUCUAUAUAAAAUCAAACCUUUAUGUUAGAUAUAAAAACAAAUUUUUUGAGGGCCUAGAUUAACUUUACUUGACCAAAAACAUAUCGAUCUUUGUAAAUAUAUAUGUAUGUAUACAUAUAUAUUCAUAUUGAUAAAUAUGUGUAUAUAUCCAUAUAUAUGUGUGUACAUUUAAUUAUAUAUAUAAGUCUCUAUAUUUUAUGCUUUGAAGUGGGAGAAAAUAAGACCAAGAGUUCCUACUUACAAAUAUAAAGAAAACUAUGAAAUGUUUUUGGGUAUUUUUAAUUCUUUGAAGUACACAACUUUGUCUGCAUCUGACUUUCUGGACAAAAGUAUAUCCAGUGGACUUUCACUCUGGGUAUCAUUCUCCAUACUUCAAGGGAGUAACCAAACUCUAAAUUAUCAAGGUGUUUGUUAUUCAUUUCAGAUUUCGCACAUGCCUUACUUAAUUCUCCUCCUUCAAACAACUUCCCAAAUGUUGCUCGUUUUAUACAUAUUAGCUAUAAGAGGUGGACAGAAAAAUAAGAGAAGUCAAAGGUAAAAUUAGUGAAUUUUCUUAUUGAUUACCUAAAAACUUCUGUUAAUGGGAGAACGAGAUUGAAACAGUAGAAUAUAUGGGGCGCCUGGGUGGCUCAGUCGUUAAGUGUCUGCCUUCGGUUCAGGGCGUGAUCCUGGUGUUCUGGGAUCGAGCCCCGCAUCAGGCUCCUCCGCCGGGAGCCUGCUUCUUCCUCUCCCACUCCCCCUGCUGUGUUCCCUCUCUCGCUGGCUGUCUCUCUAUCAAAUAAACUGUGGAAUAUAAAGGAAUUUAGAGUUUAAUCUGAACAUUUUGAAGUACCCAAUUUUUCUGCCUCUUCCAAUUGAAGUUAUUAUAAAGAAGGAAUCAGAUAUGAAAUUUUAGGUCACUAACUAAAAAUUCAGAUUACUUUCCAAAUUCAUUUCCAAAACUCUCCCACACUGGCAGUUAAUUACUAGGUAUUGUCCUUUGAUUUUGUAGUUUGCCUCGUAUCUGGAGUGAUUUCUGCUGUUGAUUACUACCCGUGUCAUUGUGUUUAUAUUGAUUGUAUGGCUUAGUCACCUCGUGUUCCUCAUGAACUGUAUACACAUUUUGGUAUUCAUAUUUAUUAUGUUACUGUCUGAUAUUUUAAUAUUGGCAAAUGCUUGCUAUAACUUUUGACAUUACUUUUUAUAGCCCUCUUGUUUUUAUAGAGCAAUGAAAGUUAAGCCUUUAAAAGUAGUUGUCUUUCUCAGAUGGUCAAACAUAUUUUUUCUUUAUGAUACUCUGGUGCUUCAUCUUUUUCCAUAAUUCUCUAUUAUUACCUAUUUUAAAUGUUUUUCCUAACACUUUGAAAAACUUAAAUGUCCGUUCUUCAUUUGAAAAUGUGCCAAAAGUACUACCCCAUGUAAAUAUGCAGAAACAAUUACUAUAAAAGUGUCAGCAUGGUUUAAAUGUAUUACCUUGAUGGCUAUAAAGAUAUAUAUAUUUUUUCAAGUUGUUGGAGUAAAGGUGUAUCUAAAACAAGAGCUCCAUUCCUAUAAAAAUAAUACAAAUUUUUCACGAACAUUACAUAUCCACCUGCCAGAAUUUUUUUUUUUGCAAUUGUGUACAGAAUCAU